AACAACUUGAGGAUGCAUGUGUUGACUCCAAAGGUUUUAUUGAUUAUGUGAAUGAAACAUGGUUGACACCUCACAGACAUCGAUUUGUCGAAGCAUGGAUCAAUCGUUACAUUUGGGACAAAUAGGGUGGAGUCUGCACAUUGGAAAUUAAGCAAAUGUUAGAGAAUAGCUUAGGUAAUUUAUGCAAAUGUUGGGAGGCUAUGAAUGACAAUAUCAAGAUACAAGUGGGCAACAUUAGAGCUUCAUUUCAGAAGAGUUUUUAUGAAGUUGAGCAUGCACACACUAGUCCUUUUUAUUCAAAUUUGCGUGGUUCAGUAUCAAGAGCUGCAUUGAGGCAGAUUGCUGAAGAGUGGUUGAGGAUUGACAUGGUAGGUACCGAUACGCAAAAGUGAGGAUGUACUCAUAGAAAAGUAUAUGGGUUACCAUGUGCUUGUGAGUUAGGGAGAUAUACAUUGAGUGGUGAUGCGAUACCAAUUGAGGCUAUUCAUAUUCAUUGGAGGAAACUAAGUAUGGAAGGAAAUCAAGAUAUAGAUGCAGAUGAUGGAUCAGAAAUUUCCAGAUUACAUUAGAUCAUUUAUUGAUGACAUUGUUGAUGUAAGAGAUGAUGGAAAUUGUGGGUUUAGAGCCAUUGCAUCUUUGCAUGGUUAUGGCACAGAUGGAUGGUCAAUGGUUCGUCGGGAUUUGGAGAAAGAAAUUAUAGGUCCUAGAAGUAAGUUGUAUGAGGAUUUAUUUGGUAAACGCCUUCCAACAGUGAGAUCAUCGUUGGUGGUAGAAACUUUAGGACAACAACCACCAAAUAAAUGGAUGACGUUACCUGAGUUGGGCUAUGUAAUAGCUAAUCGGUAUAACGUUGUUCUCGUCUCUUUAGGUCACCUUAGUUUGAGUUACUUUCCUAUGACGAGUGCACAUUCACCUAAUGCAUCCAUUUACUUCAUCGGAUUUGUCAAUGGAAAUCAUUGGGUUCAGGUAAACAUGAAUGAAGGAUUCCCGUUGCCACCUGUCACAACUGAUUGGACGAAAUAUCGCACAAAAGAUGCAACUUCUUGGAUGGUAGGAUUUGUCGGGCGGUUACAACAUUGGCAACGGCUUAUGCCUAUACUACCAAAAUAUGUCAGCUUAGAUUGAUUUUAUGAUAUUACAACACUGGCACUAUUUAGUUUGAUUUUAUGAUAUUAAAACAUUGGUACUAUUUAGUAUGAUUUUAUGAUAUUGGAUUUUAAU